ACCAAAUCAAACCAAACUUCUUCUUCUACAUCAUCAAUCGACCGUCGUCAUGGUCUACAACUACCCGGUGAUCGAUCUGGCCCCUUUCAUCACCGGCGGCGAUGCUAAGAAGAAGGAGGAGGUGAUAGAGAAGCUGAGGGAAGCUUGCUCCGACUACGGCUUCUUCGUGGCGGUCAACCACGGCAUUCCGGACCAAAUCAUGGACAAAACCAUGGACGCGACCAUUGAUUUUUUCAACCUCGAUUUGGAGGAGAAACUCAACAUCACCACUCCGCCGGGAGCUCCUUUCACCGCCGGCUAUACCAAGGAGGCGGCCAAAUCGGAGCAUUGGCAGAUGUGCACCCCCGCCCCCACCAACGUUUUCCCGGCCAACCCCCCACACUUUAAGGAGACAAUGGAGGAAAUGUGGUGGAAGUUGGAUGAAGCGGCGGUGUUGGUCCAGAGCUUGUUGAACGACUGCCUGAGACUCCCGAAAGGAACGUUGGCCAAGUACAACGACGACAGGGGAACCGAUGUUCUGAUGGGAUUCCACUACCUGCCGGCGACGGAGACCGACCAGACCGCGGUCAACGCCCACAGGGACAGCGGUCUCUUUUCUUUGGUGUUCGAGAAUGAAGUUGAAGGUCUUGAGUUUCUGAAAGAUGGCGAGUGGAUUCCCAUCGAUCACAUCCCUCAUUCCCUCGUUAUCAACGUCGCUGAUGCCCUCCAGGCACUGAGCAACGACAAGAUGAAGAGCCCAACCCACAGAAUAUUGGCGCAGCCGGGGAUAAGCCGAUACGCCUUCGUGUACGCUUACUUGGUAGCAGAAGACAAAUGGGUUGAGCCGAUGCCCGAGUUGAUCGGUCAGACCAACGAGUCACCCAAGUUCAAGAAGUUCAAUAUCAAAGAGCACAUGGCGCUGAAGCACGUCUUCAAGAACCCUCCCCACUGGAACGACGUCGUCGGCGUUCAUUACCAUGCCAUUGCUCCCUCCGUCGGCGCCACCGCCGUCACCACCGACUGAUCGCUGUUGUUUGAAAUCUCAAUUAAAGUUCGAUGUUAACUCUAAGGCUUUGAUUCAGUUUGUUGGCCGUAAGAAUAAUUGUUCGCUGUUCGCCGUUAGUUGGCAAGAGUGGACUAAGUUGAGUAAUUUGAUUUUUUGAAAAAAAUAAUUAAGGGUCCGUUUGGCGGAUGUCAUUUAUUGUGCAAGGUGUUUUUACAAAAUGCGUGUAUGUGGUUUUAAAGGGUAAAAUGGGUAGGAUAAUGGGAUUUAUAUUUGGCAUUGGGUGCAUAUUAAUCACUAGCAUUUUAUCUCGAG